ACACACCAGUUUACUACACUCUAAUAAAAAAAAAUAACGACAGUAAUUAUCUGCUCCAAGAAACAAAACGAAUUUAUUAAAAAAAAAAACAAACGGAGAUUUUUCUACCGUUUAGUUUAAGUCAUGACACAACGAUGAAAAAACUAAUUUUAUCGUCGUUCCUGUUCGGAAUAGUUGUGAGCGAAUGGGUGGAAAUAACCAGAGUUGGGAGCAUGAAAGAUAAGGAUACUGUGGAUCCAGUGGAAAUUACUUUGGGACGACCUCAGUUUUACGAUGCCACCACUCAAAAUUCAGAAGAAGUUGAACUGCAAUCAGAAGGUGAUUAUUAUGAAGAAACGCUGGAAAGAAGUGUCGAAGACGAUUCAAGAGAAGAAGAGGAUAAUAGUGAGGGGGAACAAGCACUUCCUGAACAAAGUAUCACGAUGUCCGUGUUCAGGCACAUACAGGACCAACUUCUAGACUUUAAAGGGAGAACUUUUGAUGCCAAAGUUGAUCAUUUAAAAAAGCUUCGUGAUACCAUUUUGUACGAAAUUAAACACAGAAUUUCUAAAUUAUUUAAACCAUUUAAUGAUCCGUCAUCUGCUCGUACACUUUACAAAGACGACGGUGAACACCACAUCGACUACCCUUCGCACGAGGGUGCCCUAAUGACUAUUGGGUUCCUAACUUUUGCGGUUUUCCUCAUCAAAUUGGUCCUUAAAUUAAUAUACACAUUAAAAAUGAAACAGCAAUUUUACCAAACUACCACAACCACCACUCCGGUCAGCAUAUUCUUACGAGAAGAGGAAACUGCCCGAAUACUUAAGUCUAUUGAGGAAUAUCCUUUGACGUGAAAAUUAAACCACACAUAU